AUGGAAAUCGAUUGGUAUCCCUAGAACCUGCCCAAGACAAAACGUCUCUCGGGAAGUGGCGAUCCCACCACACAAGCCGAAAGCGUACGGCUGCAGAAGAUCUCCCUCCAGGAACUGAAUCAGCUGGGCCGGGGGCUGCUUUUCAAAGCUAUAUGAGUCGGCCUGUCCUGCCGUCUUCCGAAUAAAGCUCACUCUAAUCCGACACCGUCGUAGGCAGAUGUUCGAGGGAUUGCCUUGGUUUUGAUCCCCGAAAACCACUCCUAGUCUGCGCUACAUAAACCUGGAUCGACUUUGGUCUUAAGUUCCCCACGAUGGUCAAUUCUUCUGGUAGUCUACCUCCGGAUACCAAUUUUGCGCCAGGGUUCGUGAUACCGUGCGGGAUACUGGCAGUGAUUGGUGUCUGCCUUUGCGUCGCUCGGAUCGUCACCCGUCUUCGUCCUGCGCCCCACCUACACCUAGAUGACUACCUGAUAUCUAUUGCAACGUUCAUCUCCGUUUUCGAGUACGUUGCGACUUGCAUCGGCGCAGCAAACGGAUGGGGUCACCUCUCGUCCUAUGUUCCUCAACACAACCAGACCAUAGCCUUUAGAUGUUUAUUCGUCGCACAACUAUUUUGGAUAUUCGGGACAGCCUUGGUAAGGAUAUCGGUCGCAGUUUCUCUCCUUCGACUAGGCAGGUGUACUGGGGGUGCGGAGCGCAUUUGGAAGUGGUCUUUGUGGAGUCUUAUUGGGGUGCAGAUCCUCACUUCCAUAGGAUGGCUGAUACUGCUGUUCUUCAACUGUCGCCCGCUACGAGGAAUGUGGGAGCCAGUGCCAGAACUGACAUGCUGGCCUCAUAAGUACACAGUCAAUUAUGGUUGGGUGGCUAACCCAAUUAUCAUCACAAUCGAUUUCAUCUUGGCCAUAAUGCCAGUCCAGCUUAUACGGACGCUACAACGAACUCUUCGUGAGAAGAUAUUGAUAAGCUGUUUAAUGGCAACCGGACUGAUCGCAACUGGCAUCGCCGCUUACAAGAUGACUCUAUCACAACAAGCAAACAUGGGUGAUCUCCUGUCCUCAACAGUAAAAUUAUCUCUCUGGUGCAAGCUAGAGGAACAGGUUGGCAUCAUCGCAGCUUGCUUACCUUGCCUCAAGGCUCAAAUGGAGAAAGUACUUCAUCAGAUUGGAAUCUUGAAGAAGCGUUUCCCAGACUUUGCCCUCUCUUUGAAGCAGAUCAGCAUAAGUCUUUCUCCAAGCGAGGUGCGUCGAAUAUUCUCUGCUGAUAGGACUCGGGCGAAUGUCGAUAUUGGGUCAGUCAAUUCUGCAACGAGUCGGGACUGGGCGAGUGGGACGACGACGACGACGACGACCACGGAUACCAGCAAAAGUACGAUUAUGAGUUUUGAGACGAGGGAAGUUGGUCGUAGGGAUUGGGAUGUUUGAUUAUGGUUGGGGUUUAUAGAUAUAGCUGCAUAGGAUUAGCGUUCUUGAAGAGUUGUCAUUCUAGGUUAUGUGGAAUCUGAGGGGUGGUGAUUGGAGUAUGAAAGGUCAUCGAGCAAAGCAUUUGGAUAGCAAAUAAGCAUGAGCUUGCAUGGAGUUUAUUGGCGUGAUAAGGGGGCAUUGAGUAUAGCAUAGUAUGAGAUCGG